CUGGGGCUGUUUCUGUGUUGUUCUGAAGGAGAAUGUCUGACCUUUGACCUCAAACAGUGAAAACCCUCCCUCUUAAAUUAAAUCAUCAUGUAUUAUAUUUUAGGUUACUGAUGUGUUUACCGGUCUGAAACGUCAUUUGGCUGAGAAAAACAAACAAACAAUUGUGGACUUUGGUGUUCCCUGAAAACCCCAUAGGAGGUCCAGGGACUGGCUGGAUUUCAGCGUAACCUGGAUUUAAAAGUUGUGAGAAACCUGCAAAAACUCGCUGCGUGUGUGAGUGUGACGCAAGAGAAAACAAGCAUUUGGGAGCGGAGCCAGUUCAGAGUGAGUGACAUGCCCGACAGCAGCGCGGCCGCCCACUAGCAGACAGACUGGGUGAAUCUUAAUUGUGUAACGCUCAUUGACGAGUCAGCACAAUGCCGCAGAGCCCGCGGAGGCGCACCGAUCCGAUCCGGCCAGAGCUAUGAAAUGCUCCCAUCGAGGAGGACGCAAAUGGACAGCCUAGUUCAGCCGCUCGUCGCCCAGUACCUCGCCAUGGGAUGUCAAUCUAAAGAGAACCAAAAUGAAACCAUAACGUCAGACGACAAGGGAAAGGAUGACGUGAGGGCGACUACAGGAUGCACUUUCAGCAAGACCAGAGUUUCUCCUCCUGGUCGUCCUAACAGGUUCCACAAGCCCAUCCAGACCCCCCCGAGGAAAUUAGUAAUGUCUCUGGGACACCUCAGUAAAGGGGCGACCUGGGAGGAACUCAUCCAGGCCUGCUUGGAUUGUUUUGAUGCAGAUGGUGGCGUGAGGAAGAACGGCCACCUGCUGAACAUCACCCUCACCAUGCACCGACUCCUCAUGUCCUCCAGCGACCUGCUGGACAGACUCGUUAGCCUAUUUAAAACAGCGUUAGACGAGGAUCAGCCGGUGGAGUUGAAGAGGAUAUGCUACCUGAUCAGGCAUUGGAUUCAGGAAUUCUGGAUAAUGUUCCGGCUGCCCCACAGCUUGUCUGACAGCCUGGAGGAGUUUCGGGAGCUGCUCAGAGAGCACGGACAGGAGGAUCUUUGCUCCCUGCUAGAGACCAAAUGGAUAAAUGAACGAGAACGAUCGUGGAAGGCUAGCCAGAAGAUCAAAGCUAACUACAGCAAAAAGAGGAAGGUCUCUCUCCUUUUUGAUCACCUGGAGCCUGAUGAGUUAGCCGAGCAUCUCACUUACUUGGAGUUUAAAUCCUUUUGUAGAAUAUCGUUUGUUGACUUUCUGAAUUACAUUCGAAGCUGCUGUAUGAAGGACAUCCCCGUGUUGGAGCGUUCAAUCGCGCUGUGCAAUGGGAUUUCCCAGUGGGUUCAGCUGAUGGUGCUGAGCCGGCCAACAGCUCAGCUGAGAGCUGAGGUUUUCACAAAGUUUAUCCACGUUGCGCAGAGUCUGCACCAUAUGCACAACUAUAACACACUAAUGGCAGUGGUGGGGGGGCUAUGUCACAGCUCCAUAUCAAGACUUAAAGAUACCACCUCACAUGUACCAAGUGAAGUCGCCAAGGUCCUGAAUGAGAUGACAGACCUGCUGUCAUCCUGCCGAAAUUUUGACAGCUACAGACACGCUUACAGCAGGUGCACAGGUUUUAAAAGCCCCAUUCUUGGCGUUCACCUCAAAGACCUGAUUUCAGUCAAUGAGGCCAUGUCCGACUUUGUGGAAGACAACAAGGUGAAUGUCCAGAAGCUCCAGGCGCUCUACAACCACAUCAAUGAGCUCAUCCAGCUCCAGCAGAUCCCACCCAAACUGGAUGCCAACAAAGAUCUGGUUCAUCUGUUGACGCUAUCCUUGGACCUUUACUACACCGAGGACGAGAUUUAUGAACUAUCUUAUGCACGGGAGCCCAAGAACUGUAAAGCACCUCCAGCAACACCUUCCAGACCUCCAGUUUGUGUGGACUGGACAUCAGGAGUGGCUCCUAAACCUGAUCCCCGAACCAUCAGCAAACAUGUGCAGAGAAUGGUAGAUUCCGUGUUCAAGAACUACGACCACGAUGAGAACGGUUUUAUUUCCCAAGAAGAUUUUGAGAAAAUUGCUGCAAGCUUCCCCUUUUCUUUUUGUGUCAUGGACAAAGAGAAGGAAGGACUUGUGAGCAGAGAGGAGAUCACAGCGUAUUUCAUGCGUGCCAGUGUUAUCUGCUCCAAACUGGGUUUAGGUUUUGUCCACAACUUCCAGGAGACAACGUACAUGAAACCCACCUUCUGCGAUAACUGCUCUGGGUUUCUGUGGGGAGUCAUCAAGCAAGGCUACAGAUGCAGAGACUGCGGCAUGAACUGUCACAAGCUGUGCAAGGAUCAGGUAGCAUUCGAGUGCAAGAAGAACACCAAAGUGACCAACACCAUUGAGAGUCCGAAGCCAAGCACUACGCCUGUCACCACAAGCACCUCAGACGGUGGGCUGUUUCCCGGUUCGGAAGAUUGCCCCUUCCCUUAUCCCCCGGAUACCAGGAAAGACUGGAGUCCAGAUUCCCCAGUCACCUGCAGCUUGAGGCCUAUAAGAGUUCAUAGCUACACCCAAACAGAGGGACACCAGCUAUCCUGUCCCACUGCUGACACCAGCCUCCCUCAGCCGUCCCUGUUGGUCCCAGUUCCACCCACCCUCCCCUCCUGCCCGAGCCCCGUGCCUGGAAAGAAACAUUGUGCCAAGUGGGAGAACCGAGCCGCUGUGCUGCAAAAGCCUCACGAAUCUCUGGAAUCCGAAAACCUGAAGCUUCAAAAUGCUAAUGAGACACUACGCAGGAAGCUCAGAGAGGCUGAGCGGGAGGUGGAGAGACUGAAGACAAUGCUGAAGAGACAUGCUCUUCAUCCUGUUGAUGAAGACUCCUCCUCUUAGACUCAAACCUCUGCCCCCCCCCCCCCCCCCCAGAUGGCAACAUAUGAAUCCUUAUUUAUUGGUCAUGAACAGUUCAAGUGAUUAAUGGGUGAAACCGUCUGACAUCAUCGUGGUUUUCUUUUUAGAGCUGAAGGUACACAGGAGGUCAGGACAAGCAGGUAGGUGCAUCACUAUGAAUGACGUUAUGGAAAUUCUUGUUUGGAUUUUCUUUAAAGCUACUGCAGUUCACAGUGAAGUAAAACUCUUCAGCAAUGACAAAGAGGAGCUAUUUCAAAUGAAACCUCUGAUGUGAGAAUUUCUUAUUCUAGGAGUCUUUGGCGUCAUCGGUUCAUGUUGGGGUUGGGGUUAGAGUUAGGGCAGUGUUUUAGAGAGUUCAGAAGAACGCGUUUGAUCUAUUUUUGAUCAGUUAUUGAGCUCAGAUGUUUAUGGCAAAUUUCAAAUAGAAUACAAACGCUGCAAAAACAUAAAUAAAGUAGCAGCCACAUUUUUUGUCAGAACAUCAACUGGGCCACUCUGAUCCACUGAAUUGUUGUUUGUAUUUCCUUUAAGUGCAUUGUUAAUAUUUAUUACCUGAAACACUACAUAUCCCAUAUACAGCAAAGUUUUUAUUUGUACACAUAGAGGUACUUGUACUUAUUUAUGGCUGCGUGUUUUGGCUUUAUAUUAGUACUUUUAUUGUUUACUGUGCAGCGAUUUAUUGUAGCAGUGUAGUACUGUGAACCAGAUUGUUUUUCUAUUGUGUGCAAUGUGCUGUAAAUACAGGUUCUUCUCAAAAAAUUAGCAUAUUGUGAUAAAGUUCGUUAUUUUCUGUAGUGUACUGAUAAACAUUAGACUUUCAUGUAUAUUAGAUUCAUUACACACAACUGAAGUAGUUCAAGCCUUUUAUUGUUUCUAAUAUUGAUGAUUUUGGCAUACAGCUCAUGACAACCCAAAAUUCCUAUCUCAAAAAAUUAGCAUAUUUCAUCCGACCAAUAAAAGAAAAGUGUUUUAAAUACAAAAAAGUCAACCUUCAAAUAAUUAUGUUCAGUUAUGCACUCAACACUUGGUCGGGAAUCCUUUAGCAGAAAUGACUGCUUCAAUGCGGCGUGGCAUGGAGGCAAUCAGCCUGUGGCACUGCUGAGGUGUUAUGGAGGCCCAGGAUGCUUCGAUAGUGGCCUUAAGCUCGUCCAGAGUGUUGGGUCUUGCGUCUCUCCACGUUCUCCUCACAAUAUCCCACAGAUUCUCUAUGGGGUUCAGGUCAGGAGAGUUGGCAGGCCAACUGAGCACAGUAAUACCAUGGUCAGUAAACCGUUUACCAGUGGUUUUGGCACUUUGAGCAGGUGCCAGGUCGUGCUGAAAAAUGAAAUCUUCAUCUCCAUAAAGCUUUUCAGCAGAUGGAAGCAUGAAGUGCUCCAAAAUCUCCUGAUAGCUAGCUGCAUUGACCCUGCCCUUGAUAAAACACAGUGGACCAACACCAGCAGCUGACAUGGUACCCCAGACCAUCACUGACUGUGGGUACUUGACACUGGACUUCGGGCAUUUUGGCAUUUCCCUCUGCCCAGUCUUCCUCCAGACUCUGGCACCAUGAUUUCCGAAUGACAUCCAAAAUUUGCUUUCAUUCGAAAAAAGUACUUUGGACCACUGAGCAACAGUCCAGUGCUGCUUCUCUAAUGCCCAGGUCAGGCACUGUUUCUGGUUCAAAAGUGGCUUGACCUGGGGAAUCCGGCACCUAGCCCAUUUCCUGCACACACCUGUACACGGUGGCUCUGGAUGUUUCUACUCCAGACUCAGUCCACUGCUUCCGCAGGUCCCCCAAGGUCUGGAAUCGGUCCUUCUCCACAAUCUUCCUCAGGGUCCGGUCACCUCUUCUCGUUGUGCAGCGUUUUCUGCCACACUUUUUCCUUCCCACAGACUUCCCACUGAGGUGCCUUGAUUCAGCACUCUGGGAACAGCCUAUUCGUUCAGAAAUUUCUUUCUGUGUCUUACCCUCUUGUUGAGGGUGUCAAUGAUGGCCUUCUGGACAGCAGUCAGGUCGGCAGUCUUACCCAUGAUUACAGUUUUGAGCAAUGAACCAGGCUGGGAGUUUUUAUAAGCCUCAGGAAUCUUUUGCAGGUGUUUAGAGGUAAUUAGUUGAUUCAGAUGAUUAGGUUAAUAGCUCGUUUAGAGAAACUUUUCAUGAUAUGCUAAUUUUUUUAGAUGGGAAUUUUGGGUUUUCAUGAGCUGUAUGCCAAAAUCAUCAAUAUUAGAAACAAUAAAAGGCUUGAACUACUUCAGUUGUGUGUAAUGAAUCUAAUAUAUAUGAAAGUCUUAUGUUUAUCAGUACAUUACAGAAAAUAAUGAACUUUAUCACAAUAGGCAAAUUUUUUGAGAAGGACCUGUACAAAGUAUUUGGAAUGCCAUAUUAGUUAAAGACCAAGUUCACUUGUUAUUUUUGAAAUGUGAUCAGUUUCUAUGAGUUUAAAAUGCGCACUAAACAUGAAAAUUGUCCUUUACCCCUAUUUCUUGCAUUAGCGACUAAUAGAAGGUAGACAAGGUAACACUCCAAUAAUAAAAGCCAGUCAGAUCUAUGUCACAUUGUCAAAUUAGCAUUGAUGCACUCUCCCAUCUUUGCUCUCAACAGGGAGGGUGUCUGUUGAUUCAGUGUCCAGGAGAGAGCAGAUCAUGUCUCGGCUAACAGAAGCUAAUAGUUAGCCUUAGCAACUCCACAACACAGCAAAACUCUUUCAGGCUUGUGUUAUUUGUAGAGAUAAAUUGUUGCAAAACAAACAGUCCAUGGUAGAACUGUGCUGCUGUGAGCCAGUCAGAGGCCAGAUGUCUGAUUAUCAGGAAAUAAGACCCCAGAAUUCCCGGUAUUCUCCUUACCACUGCUCUGAUUCACUUCUAGUUCCUGAAACGAGAUCACCAGAGCUUUUUUCCCACAGAGAUUGACUCACAAGGCAUUCAUUUAUACUAGAGACCACUGCAAAUGUAUUGAAAACAUGAGUGAACUUGGCCUUUAAGGAUAGAAUAUCUCCCUCUCAGUAUUGUUUUAAUAAAUAAUGUAUAUUAUGUAUUUAAUAUAGUUCUUGCGAUUCUCAGUCUGGCCAUCAGGGGUUGCCAAAAUACCACACAAGUUUAUUCAUUUUUUUAUGUUUGUUUUCAUUCCCACUUUUAAAAAUGUGUACUCUAAAAAGCAUAAUUUCAGACCUCUAAUGCCAAAAUGCAUUUAUAGAUUAGGGUUUGAUCAUAAUUAUAAUGUAGUGAAAAGCCCUUUGAAACCAGCCAGUGUCCCUCUGAUUUCUAGAAACCUGUCCUGUCCCUACAGCUUUGCUGCAGGUAAUGACUCAAACCCCACAGUUCAUUUGUGGCCUGCAGAUAAUGAGGGCAAACUGUGAAGCAGAGAUUCUGACUAAAUGUCUGUUCCGUCCCACUUUUUUUCUCAAGCCAUACUGCAAACAGCAGGUGAUUAAUUAUAUUCUUGGUGCUGUACAACAUUGAAUGUUCCUAUCGCUGUAACUCAUCCCCAGAUAAAGGCAGCAAUUUGACUUAAA